AUGAGGGUCAGUAGUCUUAAUGAUGAGUUAUGUUAUCAAUUCUAUUAUUGGUUGGGAGGUAUGGUAUCCAGGAGCCCAAAUGGCUCAAAUUCAUUUUACGAUGUUAUGAAAUCAAUUUACCUGGACCUGAAGAAGAAUCUAGCCUCGAAGGGUGUAUGCACUAACGUGUACCAGAAUAUUACGAAGGACGAAUUCGACCAAAGAAAACUAAUGUAUGAUUACACUCAAGACUACUUGUCUAUUUUGGCAUAUACACCUACAGGAAAAGAAACUUGUGUUCAAGAAUAUUACGACCAUUUAGCACAAUUGAAAGGGGCAUGUGCUCCUAUAAAUACAUAUUGUCAGAGUGGAAGUAGUAAUGCUAGUGGCCAAUAUUGCACCUGGUUUAAGGAGAAAGGACAGCAAUAUUGUGCUACGGAAAAACUGGAAAAAUUGUCAUGCAAAAAAGUGGGAGGUUCUACUAGUAAUCAAAACACUGGUAGUCCAAGACCAGGUUCCACGGGAACUUGCAGUCCAGGUCCCUGUCCAAACCCAAAUCAAGCCGGCAGCAGCGGUUCUUUUUCUGAUGCCGAUUUAGUGGAUGGUGUCUCUGGUGGAGAAGGAAAAGGAGGGAGUGAUGGUGGUGAUAGUCACAGAAAAGAAGGGGAAGAUGAACUUGGUGGAAGUGCUGUUAUACCUGCUGCUGUGUCAGGUGGACUUGCCGCAAUAGGAUUACCUGCCUUAGCAUACUUUUUUUACAAGUAUAAAUCACACCUCUUCUUUCUUAAGGGGAAUAACUCCUCUGCCGGAGGAAUGAGCGGAAGCAGAAGAAAAAGGUCCCUUAGGAGAGGAUUUAAUGAUUUUGAGGGGGACGAAGACGACGACUACACCUCAACAACGGAAGAUUCAUCCGAAUAUUCGGUUCCAUAUACCUCAUCAUCAUCUAGAUGA